GACGGCACAGAGGCCGUUAGUACCGCCAGGGGGUGCCGGGUCCGAGAAAGCGACCGCGGUGUCCCCUGAGACCCUGCUGGCAAGCCCCUGACGGGUGAGUGCUGUCGGGCAGCCGCGUCGAUUUCAAUCGCGUUGAAUUUCCUCGAACGCUGAGGUCAGGCAGGUUCCGGGUGGAGACCUGGGAAGGAGAGGAGGCUCCCUGGGGACCCUUCUGUCCAGGACAUGUUUACUGAAGGGGACUGUGACCGUGGAUGUGGAUGGCCUUCACCUCUCACCCGCUUCCGAAAAGCACAGGAGACAGCGACAGCCAAGGGCCGCGAUCCCGUCACGAUGGAGACAAGCAGGCAGACACGCGUGUCUCGGCCGUACAAGAUCAGCGAGUCUUCGAAGGUGUACCGCUGGGCCGACCACUCGGCCACCGUGCUGCAGCGGCUGAAUGAGCAGCGGCUCCGCGGCCUCUUCUGUGACGUGGUCCUGGUGGCAGACGAGCAGCGCGUGCCGGCCCACCGCAACCUGCUGGCCGUGUGCAGCGACUACUUCAACUCCAUGUUCACCAUUGGCAUGCGGGAGGCUUUCCAGAAGGAGGUAGAGCUGGUGGGCGCCUCCUAUAUCGGGCUCAAGGCCGUGGUGGACUUCCUGUACGGUGGGGAGCUGGCGCUGGACGGCGGCAACAUCGACUUCAUCCUGGAGACGGCCCACCUGCUGCAGAUCUGGACAGUGGUGGACUUCUGCUGCGAGUACCUGGAGCAGGAGGUGAGCGAGGACAACUACCUGUACCUGCAGGAGCUCGCCUCCAUCUACAGCCUCAAGCGGCUCGACACCUUCAUCGACAGCUUCAUCCUGAGCCACUUCGGCACGCUGUCCUUCACGCCCGACUUCCUGCAGAAUGUCUCCAUGCAGAAGCUCUGCGUGUACCUGAGCAGCAGCGAGGUGCAGCGGGAGUGCGAGCACGACCUGCUGCAGGCCGCCCUGCAGUGGCUCACGCAGCAGCCCGAGCGCGAGGCCCACGCCUACCAGGUGCUGGAGAACAUCCACUUCCCACUCAUCCCCAAGAACGACCUGCUGCACCGGGUCAAGCCGGCCGUGUGCUCGCUUCUGCCCAAGGAGGCCAACUGCGAGGGCUUCAUCGAGGAGGCCGUGCGCUACCACAACAGCCCGGCUGCGCAGCCCGUCAUGCAGACCAAGCGCUCGGCGCUCCGCACCAACCAGGAGCGCCUGCUCUUCGUGGGCGGCGAGGUCUCUGAGCGGUGUCUGGAGCUCAGUGACGACACCUGCUACCUGGACGCCCAGAGCGAGCAGUGGGUCAAGGAGACGCCCCUGCCAGCCCGGCGGAGCCACCACUGUGUCGCUGUGCUGGGGGGCUUCAUCUUCAUCGCGGGCGGCAGCUUCUCACGGGACAACGGAGGGGAUGCGGCUUCUAAUCUUCUUUAUAGGUAUGACCCCCGCUGUAAACAGUGGAUCAAGGUGGCCUCCAUGAACCAGCGCCGCGUGGACUUCUACCUUGCCUCCAUCGAAGACAUGCUGGUUGCUGUGGGUGGCCGGAAUGAGAACGGAGCUCUGUCUUCAGUAGAGACGUACAGUCCCAAGACCGACUCCUGGUCCUACGUGGCUGGCUUGCCGAGGUUCACCUACGGCCACGCGGGCACCAUCUACAGAGACUUCGUGUACAUCUCGGGGGGCCACGACUACCAGAUUGGUCCCUACCGCAAGAACCUGCUGUGCUACGACCACCGCAGCGACGUGUGGGAGGAGCGGCGGCCCAUGACCACGGCGCGUGGCUGGCACAGCAUGUGCAGCCUGGGCGACAGCAUCUACUCCAUCGGGGGCAGCGAUGACAACAUCGAGUCCAUGGAGCGCUUCGACGUGCUGGGCGUGGAGGCCUACAGCCCGCAGUGCAACCAGUGGACGCGCGUGGCGCCGCUGCUGCACGCCAACAGCGAGUCGGGCGUGGCGGUGUGGGAGGGCCGCAUCUACAUCCUGGGCGGCUACAGCUGGGAGAACACCGCCUUCUCCAAGACCGUCCAGGUGUACGACCGUGAGGCCAACAAGUGGAGCAAAGGCCCUGACCUGCCCAAGGCCAUCGCCGGCGUGUCCGCCUGUGUCUGCGCCCUGAAGCCGCGGCUGGAGGACAAGGACAAGAAGGGCGCGCCCGCGCCCGCCGCCCACCGCGCCCACCCCCAGAGCACCCGGACCAGCAGCGACUUCCUAGAACCCUGGAAACAUUAUGUACUACUAGCAGCUUUUUUACUUUUAUGA